CUAUCCCCAUUCCCCACCCUGUCCUUCACAAAAUCGAAUCACCUGAAACGUUUCGCGAAGAAGAAAGAAGAAUGUUGAGGCUGGUAUCGAAGAGGCUGCUCCAAGGGUCCCGCGAGGCCCAGCUGCCGGCGGCCCUGACUCUGCCGCGUCUCUACCACGAGAGGGUGGUCGACCACUACGACAACCCCCGCAACGUCGGCUCCUUCGACAAAAACGACCCCUCCGUCGGCACCGGACUCGUCGGCGCACCCGCCUGCGGUGACGUCAUGAAGCUCCAGAUUAAGGUCGGCGAAGAUGGCAAGAUUACUGACGCCGUCUUCAAGACCUUUGGCUGUGGAUCCGCCAUCGCAUCCUCUUCCGUCGCUACUGAAUGGGUGAAGGGGAAGCAAAUGGAGGAGGUCCUGACUAUUAAGAACACGGAAAUUGCAAAACAUCUCUCUCUUCCUCCAGUCAAGCUACACUGCAGCAUGCUUGCUGAGGAUGCCAUCAAGGCAGCUGUUAAAGACUAUCAAACAAAGCUGGCUAAAUCAUCAAAUGGCAGCUCAGAGGCCUCACCUGUGGAGAAGGCUGCUAAUGCUUGAUUACUCUGUUAAAAUGAUGAUGAAAAAUAUUUUUCGUCCAGUUUUCUACCUGUUAUUGGUAGUUGCUACAAUAAUGGUUUUACUGGAUUAAACUAGCAUCACAUGUAUGUUCUUAAAUCCUGACUACCAAAAAAAAUAUGUAUCUUUCACAUUGUCUUAAAAGUUUUUUUUGUCAUAAACUCAUAAUGUAAAUUAUCUAUGAAGUAGGCUUCUGAUUUUUCUUUGGCGA